AUUGACGUAACAAGCUCGCAGAGAAAGAGGGGAGGGACUUGAGCAGACGGCGUCCCAAUAGUUUCCGUUAUACUUUCUGUAUUGAAUACAUUGACAAUCGCUUGUUUAAAUUCAAAGAUUUGAGUCUGUUCAUAUUAGGAUGGCUGAGCCGUGUGCUAGAUAUCAGCAGCUGCCCAAUGAAGAGGAGCCAGAGGAGGCUCUCCAGGUGGCAGCUGAUGCCCCACCCCCUUACAGCAGCAUUGCAGAAGAAAAUGCAGCUUAUUUUGACUACAAAGAAAAUGGGAGUUUCCCCAAUCCACCAUCAUACAACGUGGCCACAACGCUUCCUUCCUAUGACGAGGCGGAGAGAACCAAGGCUGAAGCCCUUGUUCCCUUGGUAGCUGGAAGGGAUGAAGACUUUGUAGCCAGGGACGACUUUGAGGAUGCAGACCAGCUGCGGAUAGGGAACGAUGGCAUUUUCAUGUUGACCUUUUUUAUGGCAUUCCUUUUCAACUGGAUCGGCUUCUUCCUGUCCUUCUGUCUGACCACGUCGGCAGCAGGCCGCUACGGGGCCAUCUCUGGCUUCGGCCUGUCACUCAUCAAGUGGAUCCUCAUUGUCCGGUUCUCCACCUAUUUCCCUGGGUACUUUGAUGGGCAGUACUGGCUGUGGUGGGUGUUCCUGGUAUUGGGAUUCUUGCUCUUCCUCAGAGGAUUCAUCAACUACGCCAAGAUCCGUAAAAUGUCAGACUCCUUUUCUAGUCUCCCGCGAACCAGAGUCCUUUUCAUCUACUAAAAGGGGAAAUCUGAACUCUUCUUUAGAAAAGUUUGCCGUCUGGCCUCAACUCCAUCACGAAAAACAGAGAGGAAACACCUCUUGUUUUGCUGCCGAUAAAUUGGACAACAUCAUUUCUAUGUCUCUUGAUGUAAACUAGUGGAUGCUGACAAUUCUGUAACUAUUCAAUCAUUAGUGGUUUAUUUCAAGUGCUGUUUGGAAUCAAGUCUGUGACGUAUAAACAAUGCUUAGACUAACCUGUACCCCCCCCGCACAUGGACUCGGUACCGGUACCCCCUGUAUAUAUCCUCAGUAUAGUUAUUUUAUUGUUUUAUUUCUGUAUUAUAAUUUUUUUACUUUAGUUUAUUUAGUAAAUAUUUUCUUAACUGCAUUGUUAAGGGCUUGUAAGUAAGCAUUUCACAGUACGGUCAACACCUGUUGUAUUUGGCGCAUGUGACAAAUAAUACAAAUGAUAUAAAUCAAAUUGUAUCUGUUUAACAAUGGCAUGUACUGUUCCUGUUAAACAAUAGGGGGCAGUCUUUGUCUUUUUCUCUGUCCUCUUUCAAAGUGUUUGAUAUGGAGACAGCUCGGCUCUAUGCUGACCCUGUGGAACUACCCAUAGAGUUAUGUCUGUGAAUAGGAGCAUUGAGUGAAAUCUAUUGGAUGUAUAUGAUAAUGAAAUUAAAGUUAGUCUUUUCAAGAUGUAGCCUUCAAUGUGGAGAAAACAGAAUGAUUAAUUUUUACUCUGGGAAUCCUAGUAAAUACAGUGGUGGAGGAAUGCACUGGAACCUUGUAGCUAGGGGUUUGAGUACAUUUCAGACAUUUCAAGGAGAAUCCCAGGCAAAUUGGCUAAGAUAACCGUUCAUUUACACUGAACAAAAAUAUCUAAAAGUUUGUGAGUUACAGUUUGUGUAAGUAAAUCAGUCAAUUGAAAUAUAUUUGUUAGACCCUAAUCUAUGGAAUUCACAUGACUCGGAAUACAGAUAUGCAUCUGUUGGUCACAGAUACAGUACCAGUCAAAAGUUUGGACACCUACUCAUUCAAGGGUUUUUCUUUAUUUUGACUAUUUUCUACAUUUGUAGAAUAAUAGUGAAGACAUCAAAACUAUGAAAUUAAACAUGGAAUCAUGUAAAAUAGAGAAGUGCCAAAGAUUUGUUUUCGCAAACAUCCUUUCUGAAUGUAAACGUAAUCCUCUAAGUAAUCAUGUCGUGUUUCAAAAGUAUCUAAUCUGAUUACAAUAUUUUUUCAGGUAA